AUGGCGCCUCUGGAGCAGGCAGUGGUUGCUAUUGUGUGCACCUUCCGGGAAUUUCCAGGGCCCUGUGGAGACAUAAAGCUCUGCCAGGCAGAGCUCAAGGAACUACUAGAGAAGGAGCUGCCCACCUGGACGCCCAUGAAGCUUCGGGAGCGUGACCACAAUAAGUUCAUGGGUGUCCUGGACGCCAUCAAGGAUUGCGAGGUGGACUUUGUGGAGUACACGUGCCUGCUUGCCUGCCUCUGCACCUAGUGCCAUGAGUACUUCAAGGACUGCGCCCUGGACCCCCACUGCUCCCAGUGAUGGGCAGGGCUGCCAUCGGAGGGUAGGGGUCUGGGUCUGCUCCGGACCUGCUCCAUCUCUGCCCUGAGGUCAUCCUGGGCAUGUCAGCUCUCCCCCCUCCCCCCUCCCUUGUCCCCUCCAUCUAGAAUCUCCCAGGUUUGCCCCUGGUAUGUUAACCCCUUUUACCCAUGAGUCCAGGAGACGUGAGGGGACCUUCCCCGGGAUCACAGCUAGUGACCUGUAGGACAGCCAGCCGCUGCCUUCCCACUGUGGCCCAUGAUGGACGAAGGCUGUCAAGGCCCAGCAGAGUGUGUGCGGGAAGGAGACCACGGUGGG